AGCAGGGCGGGAAAUAGCUGUUCUGUUUUCUUUUGCCGUCUCUCUUCCAAACUUUCUCCGACUCUGCGGAUCUCCUUCUCUGUCGGAUUUUGCCGGGAAUCUUCUCUCUCCAAGCUCCGCUUGCUCUUUCCGGCGUCCAAAUAUUUGUUGUUCUGCGCCUUCGAUUGUCAUUUCACGUUUUUCUUUAUCGGUAAUCAACUUUCUGAGAUUCGAUGGCUCAAGCAGUUGAAGAAUGGUACAAGCAAAUGCCUAUCAUCACCCGCUCCUAUCUCACAGCCGCUAUAGUAACCACAAUCGGCUGUUCCCUCGAUAUUAUCUAUCCGCAUCAUCUUUACUUGAAUCCUAUCCUCGUUGCUAAGAAGUAUCAGUUCUGGCGCCUCAUUACCAACUUCCUGUUCUUCCGCAAAAUGGAUUUGGAUUUUUUGUUUCACAUGUUUUUUCUUGCCCGAUACUGCAAACUUCUGGAAGAGAACUCUUUUAGGGGAAGAACAGCAGAUUUCAUUUAUAUGCUCUUAUUUGGGGCCACGGUGCUUACUGGAAUUGUUUUGGUUGGGGGAAUGAUACCCUACUUGUCCGAGUCAAUUGCCGAAGUUGUAUUCCUUAGUAACUCACUGACAUUCAUGAUGGUUUAUGUAUGGAGCAAGCAAAACCCAUUCAUCCAUAUGAGCUUUUUAGGCCUCUUUACUUUUACGGCAGCUUACCUGCCAUGGGUUCUUUUGGGAUUCUCUGUUCUCGUCGGGGCCAGUGCUUGGGUGGAUCUUCUGGGCAUGGUUGCUGGCCACGCUUAUUAUUUUCUUGAAGAUGUGUACCCACGAAUGACAGGCCGACGACCAUUAAAAACCCCAUCCUUCAUCAGGGCAUUAUUUGCUGAGGAAGCAGUUGUAGUGGCGCGACCCGUGGAUUUGAGAUUUGCAGCCCCUGCUGCGGAGGAUAUUCAUCAAGAUUAGUUAUUACAACAUUUGAGGAAGUGAAAACGUUGCAAACCUUAAAAGGAAAUACAAACAGAGCAAGGGAAAGCAAUUCCACAAAAAGCAAACAAAACCCAUUUGAAUUUGGAGGCUGAAAUCAGAAUCAAAUGGGAAAGUGGGUGACAUCGUCUUUGAGAAUCCUGUAACCAAAACCAGGAAUCCCAUUAAACCGAUUGCUUUUUGACAAUUCAACAGCAGAGCAAAUGUUGGGGAGAAUCCCAUUGUUGGUUCUUCUCUUCUUCCACUUCCAACUCAACGACAAAAGCCAAAAGCUUGUCUUCGAAUCGCUUCUCCUGGAAGCAUCUCCACUUAACCGCUGAGAGCCGCCAUGGCGUUCGAGCUCUAGCUUGGUGAAGUACUCAAUCUCCUUCAUAACCAGCGACCCCAUAGUGCCUCGCGUGCCGAUUGCAAGUGGAGCAACAGCACCCAUUUCCUCACAGAAGCUACUGCUUCUGCUGAUGCCUUCAUACAUUUUACUCAAAAAGGAAGAGACAGUGGCAAUGCCUUCACAGAGCCCUUCUCUCGAGGACGUCCGGUUUUGGGAUUGCUUUGAACUCAGGCCAUCUCCUUGUGUUGAUAAAAUGCAUCACUGAAAUUUUACUUUAGAUAAAGUUGACAAAUAUGAAGUUACUGCGUGAUUGGUGGGUUUUUGGAGCGAAAUGGACAUCAUAUUCUACUUGUUAUUUGCUAAGGAGCCAUGAUUUUCCAUUAUAAUGUCUUUUUCUGAGAACCCUUUUGACUUGUUAGGCCAUGAUUACCACAGGCAUGCUCAGCUCACAAGGCUCUGCCGAGAAUUAUGUAUAUAUAAUUAAUGGCAAUGGGUGUAGCGAUUAGCGAAGGUUUGCAUAUAAAAACUUAAGGUAAGUAAGGGCUGGUGGAUGGUCAUGAGCAACUCGCAGCGCACGGCCCAAACAGCCAGUCGUUGCGAUGAUGCUGAUGCUUUAUAUAUUUGUGUACCAAACUGAAGAGCCGAAGAACAUAAGUGGACAACUUAAUCAGACAGACCCUGUAAUUAUAGGGUAUAAGAGGGGGUUGGAUAGCUCAAACCUCACCGACUUUAUUUAAUACAACCGCUAAAAUGGUUGGUUACCCAUAUAAAGUAUGAUUUGUAGCUAUGUACUACUGCUACACACAAUGGAAU